AUGGACUGCCACUACCACUCUAUACCCGACUCCCCCCUACCGCACAUCCCACUACACACCUUACCGCACACCCCACUACCCCCUACCGCACACCCCACUACCCCCUACCGCACACCCCAAUACACACCCUACCGCACACCCCACUACCCCCCUACCGCACACCCCACUGCCCCCUACCGCACACCCCGCUACACACCCUACCGCACACCCCACUACCCCCUACCGCACACCCCACUACCCCCUACCGCACACCCCACUGCCCCCUACCGCACACCCUGCUACACACCCUACCGCACACCCCACUACCCCCUACUGCACACCCCCCACUACACACCCUACCGCACACCCCACUACACACCCUACCGCACACCCCACUACCCCCCUACCGCACACCCCACUACACACCCUACCGCACACCCCACUACCCCCUACCGCACACUCCACUACCCCCUACCGCACACCCCGCUACACACCCUACCGCACACCCCGCUACCCUCUACCGCACACCCCACUACACACCCUACCGCACACCCCACUACACACCCUACCGCACACCCAACUACCCCUACCACACACCCAACUAUCCCCUACCACACACCCCACUACCCCCUACUGCACACCCCCACUAUACACCCUACCGCACACCCCCACUACCCCCUACCGCACACCCCACUACACACCCUACCGCACACCCCCUACCGCACACUCCACUACCCCCUAACGCACACCCCACUACACACCCUACCGCACACCCCACUACCCCCUACCGCACACCCCACUAGCUCCUACCGCACACCGCACUGGAUACCCUACCGCACACCUUACUACCCCCGACUGCACACCCCACUGGAUACCCUACCGCACACCCCCCCCACCCUUUACCGCACACUGCACUACACCCUACCGCACACCCCACUAGAUACCCGACUCCCCCCUACCGCACAUCCCACUACACACCUUACCGCACACCCCACUACCCCCUACCGCACACCCCACUACCCCCUACCGCACACCCCAAUACACACCCUACCGCACACCCCACUACCCCCUACCGCACACCCCACUACCCCCUACCGCACACCCCACUGCACCCUACCGCACACCCCGCUACACACCCCUACCGCACACCCCACUACCCCCUACCGCACACCCCACUACCCCCUGCCGCACACCCCACUGCCCCCUACCGCACACCCCGCUACACACCCUACCGCACACCCCACUACCCCCCUACUGCACACCCCCACUACACACCCUACCGCACACCCCACUACCCCCUACCGCACACCCCACUACACACCCUACCGCACACCCCACUACCCCCCUACCGCACACUCCACUACCCCCUACCGCACACCCCACUACACACCCUACCGCACACCCCACUACCCUCUACCGCACACCCCACUAGCUCCUACCGCACACCCCACUACACACCCUACCGCACACCCAACUACCCCUACCACACACCCAACUACCCCCCUACCACACACCCCACUACCCCCUACUGCACACCCCCACUACACACCCUUCCGCACACCCCACUACCCCCUACUGCACACCCCACUACACACCCUACCGCACACCCCACUACCCCCUACCGCACACUCCACUACCCCCUAA